AUGUCGUCUAAUUGGCCGCUGCUGGCGGCGGCUGGAGUCGGCGUUUUCGCAGCGGGCUGUUUCUGCGGCCAUUUAAUCUCCUCCACUCGAUGGCGGCGCGCGUUGCUGGAGCUACAAGCGUGGCACGCGGACAACGCGGGGGCUGGCGGGAAGAAUUCGGGCAAAGGGGGAAAGGGGGGCGCGCUCUUGGAGCUGGAUAGCAUGGCGCAGGAAUUCGAGGACUUCAAGAUGGUGCUCGUGGUGCGGAGCGACUUGAAGAUGGGCAAGGGCAAGAUCGGCGCGCAGUGCGGCCACGCCACACUCGGCCUGUACAAGAGACUCGCCAAGAGAGCACCCACAGCCUUGCAAAGGUGGGACGAGAACGGGCAGGUGAAGGUGGUGGUGAAGGUGGACUCAGAGGAGGAGCUCAUCAUUCUGCAGGACAAGGCAAAGAAGUCUGGCCUGCCAACGCACAUCACAAUCGACGCUGGCAGAACACAGAUCGAGCCCAAUUCAAAGACAGUCAUGGCCAUCAUCGGUCCGGAGCACUUAGUGAGCGGAGUCACAGGCCACUUGAAGCUUCUAUGA